AUGUCCGUCGCCGCCCUUUCGAAGUCGCUGCCGAAGCCGAAAUACACGGGCGAAGAAGAAGAGCUCACACGCAGCACACGCGUGUUGACGACCGAGCAGUACGAGACACAGGUCGCAAGGAGGCAGAAUGGCCCACCUGCCUAUGGCGCCAGGAAGAACUGGCGACCGCGCAGUGCUGAAGAUUUUGGUGAUGGCGGCGCGUUCCCAGAGGUACACGUAGCACAAUACCCGCUCGACAUGGGCAAGAAGGGCGAACCAUCGAAAUCGAAUGCUAUGGUCCGCAGAGUCGAUGCUGAAGGAAAGACCAAGUACGACGAAAUCGCAAAGCGCGGACACGGCGACUCGAGGAUAGUGCAAGCGAGCUUCAAGGAUCUGAUCCCCCUGCGACAGCAAGCCGAUGCCGGACAAUUAGAUCUGGCGCGACCAAGUCAAGAAGUCGUACAAGCGACGAAGGAGAAGACGGAGCAGGCACUCAUGGCGCUGGUAGCCGGUCAGACUGCAGCACAGCGACCCAAGAACGUGCAGGGCCGCAAGAACGACGAGCCUACUUUCGUACGAUAUACACCUACCGCGCAGAUGGGCGAAGCACAGGGAAAGACGCGAAUCUUCAAGAUUCAACAACGACAGAUUGAUCCGCUUGAACCACCAAAGUUCAAGCACAAGAGGAUACCUCGCGGACCGCCGUCACCACCUCCUCCAGUCCUUCACUCCCCACCACGCAAGCUGACCGCCGAGGAUCAAGAGAUGUGGAAGAUCCCGCCUCCUAUCAGUAAUUGGAAGAAUCCCAAGGGUUAUACUGUGCCACUGGACAAGCGUCUGGCUGCAGAUGGCCGAGGCCUACAGGACGUCACUAUCAACGACAAAUUUGCACAAUUUGGCGAAGCACUCCAGGCGGCAGAUCGUCAUGCUCGCGAGGAAGUCAAACAGCGCGCAGUCAUGCAACAACGAUUGGCAGAGAAGGAGAAGCUGCAAAAAGAAGAACAUUUACGCAACCUAGCUAAGCAGGCCCGCGAGGAGCGCGCGAACGUCUCGCGCCGCCGUUCUACGAGCGACUCAGACACCGACUCCGAGGAGGAAGCUGUACGGAAGCGACAAGCAGACAGAAAGGAGCGCCGCGAAGAUUUCCAGCGCGAGCUCCGCCAAUCGCGCAUGGGCCAAGAGCGCAAGAUUCAAAUGCUUGCUCGAGAGCAGAACCGUGAUAUUUCUGAAAAGGUUGCUCUGGGUUUGGCAAAGCCCACACAGAGCGGCGAGUCGAUGUAUGACUCUCGUCUAUUCAACCAGUCCAGUGGGUUCAAUGCCGGCAUCAACGAAGACAACCACUACGACAAGCCCCUCUUUGCAGCACAGGACGCUAUCAGCAGUAUCUACCGGCCAAGCGUCCAACAGGAUGAUGGGGAAGACGAGGGCCAGACCUACGAUCGCAUCACCAAGUCCAGCAAAUUUGAAGUGUUGGGCAAGGCCAAGGAGGGCUUCAAAGGAGCUGAUUUGCAAGAAGCUCGCGAAGGACCAGUGCAGUUUGAGAAGGACACGGAUGACCCGUUUAACAUCAGCCAGAUGAUUGACGAGGUUAGAGGCGAGAAAGGAACCGAGAAGACUGGCGAAAAGCGCUUUGGUCUCCAAGAAUCAGAGGGACGGUCGGCAAAGCGCGCAAGAGUCGAUGAUGACAGCGACUGA